AUGGCAGCUUCAGCUUCGUCUCUCGCUCUCUCCACCUUCAACCCUAAACCCUUUCCUUUCUCCAUCUCCAGACCCGCCUCCACUCCCUUUCUCCCUCCUUCCCUCUCCUUCAAACUCAAUUCCCAAUCCAUUUCCCUCUCCAUCUCCGCAGCUUCUCGCUUCGUCCGCAACGUAGCGGUAACAGAUGACUUCAACGUAGAAGAAGAAGAAGAAGAAGAAGACAACCUUUUCUCCGAUGACGCUGCGCCGCCUCCUCAGCAGGAGCAAUCCUUCUCUGCUGACCUCAAACUCUUCGUCGGUAACCUUCCUUUUAACGUCGACAGUGCUCAGCUCGCUCAGCUCUUCGAGGCCGCCGGUAACGUUGAGAUGGUUGAGGUAAUCUAUGACAAAGUGACGGGAAGAAGCAGAGGUUUCGGGUUCGUGACUAUGUCUUCUGUCUCUGAAGCUGAGGCAGCUGCUCAGCAGUUCAAUGGCUAUGAGUUGGAUGGUAGAGCCCUGAGAGUUAAUGCGGGUCCUCCUCCACCGAAGAGGGAAGACUCCUUCUCCAGAGGACCUAGAAGCAGCUUUGGAAGCUCUGGUUCUGGAUAUGGUGGAGGUGGUGGUGGUGCUGGUUCAGGGAACCGUGUUUAUGUUGGUAAUCUCUCUUGGGGAGUCGAUGACAUGGCUCUCGAGAGUUUGUUCGCGGAGCAAGGAAAUGUUGUUGAAGCUAGAGUCAUUUACGACAGGGACAGUGGUCGAUCCAAGGGUUUUGGUUUUGUGUCGUAUAACUCUGCUCAAGAAGUCCAAAAUGCUAUCAGGAACUUAAAUGGUGCUGAUUUGGAUGGUAGACAAAUAAGAGUGUCUGAAGCUGAGGCUAGGCCUCCAAGGCGCCAAUUUUGAGCACCACCAUCCUUAUUCUCAUAAACGCGUUUUCUGGAGGGCGAUUCGAAGCAAAUAGAGUUUUGUGAGAGGAUGGCAGCUUCGGACUUUGCCUAUGUUUGUUGUGCCUUGGAUGCACGAAUGGGUCUUCUUUUAGAAACAUAUAAUUAACUAAGAUUUAUAAGUGAAGACCAUGUUCUUGCCUGUCUGAAUGCUGCGAUUUACUUCUUUGCUUUUGGUUUGAUUCUCUCUGUUUUGUGGUCUCUUCAGAAUGAAUGCUUCUUUAUUUAAGAGUUA